UUUUGCCAGACAUCUUUCAUUGCUCUUCCUUCACACUUUGCAUUUUCCGUUCUCUCUCUCUCUCUCUCUCUCUUUUACCCUAGUUGAUAGGGUUUCCAUGUCCUUCUAGCUCCAAUCCAUCUCAUGCAUCUGUGUCUUCGAGCUACAUACGUUGAAGUCUUGGUUUUCAUCCUUGCUGGGUCUCUCCUUCUUCUUUCCUUGGAGGGUUUUUGGGCGGCGAACGGUGCAGAUUUCACCUCCCGGGGUUUUUUUGAGCUGUACCCAUGUCGAAGAUCUUUCAUUUUAGUGGAACUGAUGAUUUUUUCCCCGGGGUUUCGAUCUACCCAAACCCCAAGGAGUCUAGUCUUCUUUUGUCCCUUGGACGUCAUGUGGAUGUUUAUUUUCCCUCUCGCAAGAGAUCCCGCAUUAGUGCUCCUUUUGUUUUCUCUGGAGAGAUAUUUGAGCAGAAGAGGCCAUCAGUCGAGGUUCUCCCUGAUGAAUGCUUAUUCGAGAUCUUCAGACGGAUACCUGGAGGCAAAGAGAGGAGUGCCUGCGCCUGUGUUUCCAAGCGCUGGCUUACACUUGUUAGCAACAUCCGCAGAGAUGAAAUCAGUGACAACAAGACCACUGGAGCCUUGAAUUUCAAGGGUGUUGAUUCUGAGAUUGAAGAUCAGGAUGUUGAGGGAGGUGGAUAUCUCUCUAGGAGUUUGGAAGGGAAGAAAGCAACAGAUGUUAGACUUGCUGCUAUUGCUGUUGGAACUGCUACUCGUGGAGGAUUGGGCAAGCUCUUCAUUAGAGGAAACAAUUCCAGUCGUGGAGUGACCACUGUUGGUCUUAGAGCCAUUUCACGUGGAUGCCCUUCUCUAAGAGUUCUUUCCUUGUGGAAUUUGUCUUCUGUUGGGGAUGAAGGUCUGCAUGUGAUUGCUGAUGGGUGUCACCAGCUACAGAAGCUCGACCUUUGCCAGUGUCCUGCUAUCACUAAUGAGUCUUUGCUAGCCAUUUCAAAGGGCUGCCCUGAUUUGACUGAUCUGACCAUUGAAGGUUGUGCAAACAUUGGAAAUGAAGGUAUCCAGGCUGUAGCACGCUGCUGUCCAAAUCUAAAGUUUAUUUCAAUCAAAGAUUGCCCCCAUGUUGGAGAUCAAGGAAUUGCAAGCCUGUUGACAUCAGCUUCAUAUUCCCUCACAAAAGUAAAGCUUAUGGCCUUGAACAUCACCGAUGUCUCUCUUGCCGUUAUUGGACACUAUGGCAAGGCAGUGACCGACCUUUCUCUCACUAGCCUUCCAAAUGUCAGUGAGAAGGGAUUCUGGGUAAUGGGUAAUGGGCAUGGGUUACAGAAAUUGAAGUCUUUCACUGUUAAAGCCUGCCUUGGAGUGACAGAUCUCGGACUUGAAGCUGUUGGAAAGGGUUGCCCAAAUUUGAAGCGGUUCUGCCUCAGCAAAUGUGCUCUCUUGUCUGAUAACGGGUUGGUGUCUUUUUCCAAAGCAGCGGGUUCACUAGAGAGCUUGGAACUGGAGGAGUGCCACAGGGUCACCCAUUUUGGGUUUUUUGGUUCCCUUUUGAACUGUGGUCCAAAGUUCAAGGCUGUUUCUAUUGUGAACUGCUUGGGUAUUAGGGACCUAAACUUGCGAUUGCCUCUAUCCCGUUGUGAAUCGCUUCGAUCCCUGUCCAUCCGUAACUGCCCUGGUUUUGGUGAUGCUAACUUGGCUGCAUUGGGGAAGUUGUGCCCUCAACUGCAAAAUCUGGAGUUGUCUGGGCUUCAUGGGAUAACAGAUGUUGGGUUUCUCCCAUUGCUCGAGAGUUGCGAGGCUGGUUUGGUGAAGGUUAAUCUCAAUGAUUGUCUCAAUUUGAGUGACAAAGCUGUUUGCAAGAUGGCUGAUUCACAUGGGUGGACACUAGAGAUGCUUAAUCUUGAUGGUUGUUGUAAGCUCAGUGAUGUCAGCUUGAUUGCAAUUGCAGAGAACUGUCAGUUGAUCAGUGAGCUAGGCGUCUCCAAGUGUGCAAUUACUGACUCGGGAAUCAUAGCUCUUGCACGUUCUAGCCUGAUAAAUCUGCAGAUCCUAUCCGUCGCCGGUUGCACUAUGGUCUCAGACAAAAGCCUGCCAUCAAUUGGAAAAUUGGGUCAGACCCUCUUGGGGUUAAACCUGCAGCAAUGCAAGGGGGUCAGCAGUGGUGCAAUCGACCUGCUUGUGGAACAGCUAUGGAGGUGUGAUAUCCUUUUCUGAACAAUAUCGAAGUAUGGGAUUAU